UUUCAAACUUCAUCGCGUUGAACGCGAGGUCUGUUUGAUUAGAGCACUAAGAAUGGCUGAACAAGAAAGUUUAGAAUACGGCAAAGGUGAUUUUGUCCUUAUGGACGAAAUCACCAAAGAUGCCUUCAUGAAAAACCUGAAACUCCGUUUUCAAAAAGAGCGAAUUUACACUUACAUUGGCGAAGUGCUCGUAUCGGUGAAUCCGUACAAGACUUUGAGCAUUUUUGGAAACGACAAAAUUCAAGAAUACAAAAUGCGAGAAAUGUAUGAAAGACCUCCCCAUCUUUUUGCUUUAUCGGAUGCAGCCUACAGGACGAUGAAACGGCGCUCAGAGGACACCUGUAUAGUAAUUUCUGGUGAAAGUGGUGCAGGGAAAACUGAGGCAUCAAAGAUUAUUAUGAAAUAUAUUGCUGCUGUCACCAAUUUGUCAAAACAGUCUGAAGUUGAAAGGACCAAAGAUAUUCUUCUGAAGUCCAAUGCAAUUUUGGAGAGUUUUGGCAAUGCGCGAACAAACAGAAACGACAACUCCAGUAGAUUUGGAAAGUACAUGGAUAUUGACUUUGAUUUCAAAGGAGAUCCUGUUGGUGGACAUAUAUUCAACUACCUUUUGGAAAAGUCAAGAGUUGUUAAACAACAAGAAGGAGAAAGGAAUUUCCAUUCCUUUUACCAGUUACUCAAUGGAGCACCUCCUGAGACUCUCAAGGAAUUGUAUCUUGAUAGAAAAGCUGGAGAUUAUCACUACGCAAAUCAGGGAGGAUGCAUGCAGCUGAAAGCAAUCAAUGACAAAAUGGAUUACAAACUAAACUGUGAAUCAAUGAAAUCUGUGGGCUUCACUGAGGAUGAGCGGAGUGCAAUAUGGAAAAUUGUUUCAGCCAUUCUGCAUUUGGGAAACUUAGAGUUUGUUGAUGAUGAUCAGGAGCAGGCGUCAGUUGUAAACAGUGAUGAAAAUCUCAACGUCAUUGCAUAUCUCCUGGGAAGUGAGCCCAGACAUGUGGAGAAGGCGCUGUGUUACCGUGUCGUGGCUGCUGGACAGUCUGAAGUUGUGGACAAGGGACAUCAUGCUAUAGAUGCAGCUCAUGGCCGAGAUGCCUUGGCUAAGGCCAUGUAUGAUCGCCUAUUUACCUGGAUUGUAGGAAGGAUCAAUGAAACAAUUGAGCUGCGUGAUCAAGUGGCUCAUGGAAAGUGUACAGUGAUUGGAGUGCUUGACAUCUAUGGUUUUGAGAUUUUUGACACCAACAGCUUUGAACAGCUGUGUAUUAAUUACUGUAACGAAAAACUUCAGCAACUCUUCAUUGAGUUGGUGCUAAAACAAGAACAAGAGGAAUAUCAACGUGAAGGAAUCCAGUGGGAGGAGAUUGAUUACUUCAACAAUGCGAUCAUUUGUGAGCUGAUUGAGCAGAACCACAAAGGAAUCUUGUCAAUACUGGAUGAGGGAUGUAGAAAUAUUGGUAAAGUGUCUGAUGAGAUGCUGUUGCAGGCCAUGGACCAAAAGUUGAAGAAACACAACCACUACAGGAGCAGACUGACUGAUCCGUCAGACAAAUCUAUGGCAUUUCAUCGUGAUUUCUGUGUCAAGCAUUAUGCUGGAGAUGUGAUAUAUUCAGUUGUUGAUUUUCUUGACAAAAACAAAGAUAAUUUGUAUCAAGAUUUCAAGCGACUUCUUUACAACAGCUCGCAUAAGAUUCUCAAGCAGAUGUGGCCAGAAGGAAAAGAACACAUCACAAAGGUUACUCAGCGUCCCGCCACAGCCGGUGCUCUGUUCAAAGCCUCAAUGAUUGCCCUUGUGGAAAAGCUUGCCGCCAAGAAACCUUUUUAUGUGCGGUGCAUCAAACCCAAUGAUGUAAAGUCGCCUUCUCUUUUUGACGAGAAACGAGUCGGCCAUCAGGUGGACUAUCUGGGGCUGAUGGAAAAUUUGCGCGUUAGGCGAGCUGGAUUUGCCUUCAGGAUGCACUACAAACGUUUUCUUCAAAGGUAUAAAAUGCUGGUCCAGGAAACAUGGCCGAGCUACAAGGGGAUCGACAAGGACGGAGUCGGUGUGAUUAUCAAUGAAACAGGCUACACUUCAGAUGUUAAAUAUGGCCGAACCAAGCUGUUUAUCAGAACUCCUAGGACGGUGUUCGAGUUGGAAAAACUGCGAGCGGAGAUUGUGCCGACUCUGGUGUUGUUUCUUCAGAAGCACUGGCGAGGCGGACUUGCUAGAAUGCGCACGAGGAAACUUCGCGCCAUUUACCUCAUCAUGGACAAUUUCAAGAGAUACCAGCGGAGAAAGUUCGUGUCCCAACUUUGUGACGCAUACAGGAACUGCAAACAUCUUAGUGACUUUGGCAAGUCCAGUACCCCACCCACUCCUCCCCUGUCAUGUCAAGAAUUCUCAACUUACUCCAAGUCGAUCUUUGAAAGGUGGUGGGGAUACAAAGUGUUGCAACGUAUUCCAGAUGAAGAUCAUGACGAGGUCAUGUUGAAAUCUGCAGCUUUUGAUUGUCUGGGAGGAAAGCGAAAGAACUGGGCACUUAAGACACGCUGGCAUGGAAACUACCUUGCUAAGCCCGAGGAGAACUCUCAAGCCGAACUGUUCACCAGAAAUGUUGUCAACAAAUUCUCAACCAAAGGCGAGGAGGUUCUGUUCUCUUCAUUCGCCAAGAAGGUUAACAUGAAGAGCAAGGUGGCUGACCGCAUUCUGGUGGUAACGACGACGUCGAUUAUUAAGCUGGACAACAAGCACAAAGUCAUGAAGACAAUUCCGCUUGACAAGGUCAGUUACUCCUCCAUCUCCUGGCCUUGCUACAGCGUUGUUUGUGUUGCAACCAUUUCUCAGAAUUCUCCUACCAAAUUAAUUCUUGUUGAUGCUGUUUUGCAGAUGCUGUUGCAGGCCAUGGACCAAAAGUUGAAGAAACACAACCACUACAGGAGCAGACUGACUGAUCCGUCAGACAAAUCUAUGGCAUUUCAUCGUGAUUUCUGUGUCAAGCAUUAUGCUGGAGAUGUGAUAUAUUCAGUUGUUGAUUUUCUUGACAAAAACAAAGAUAAUUUGUAUCAAGAUUUCAAGCGACUUCUUUACAACAGCUCGCAUAAGAUUCUCAAGCAGAUGUGGCCAGAAGGAAAAGAACACAUCACAAAGGUUACUCAGCGUCCCGCCACAGCCGGUGCUCUGUUCAAAGCCUCAAUGAUUGCCCUUGUGGAAAAGCUUGCCGCCAAGAAACCUUUUUAUGUGCGGUGCAUCAAACCCAAUGAUGUAAAGUCGCCUUCUCUUUUUGACGAGAAACGAGUCGGCCAUCAGGUGGACUAUCUGGGGCUGAUGGAAAAUUUGCGCGUUAGGCGAGCUGGAUUUGCCUUCAGGAUGCACUACAAACGUUUUCUUCAAAGGUAUAAAAUGCUGGUCCAGGAAACAUGGCCGAGCUACAAGGGGAUCGACAAGGACGGAGUCGGUGUGAUUAUCAAUGAAACAGGCUACACUUCAGAUGUUAAAUAUGGCCGAACCAAGCUGUUUAUCAGAACUCCUAGGACGGUGUUCGAGUUGGAAAAACUGCGAGCGGAGAUUGUGCCGACUCUGGUGUUGUUUCUUCAGAAGCACUGGCGAGGCGGACUUGCUAGAAUGCGCACGAGGAAACUUCGCGCCAUUUACCUCAUCAUGGACAAUUUCAAGAGAUACCAGCGGAGAAAGUUCGUGUCCCAACUUUGUGACGCAUACAGGAACUGCAAACAUCUUAGUGACUUUGGCAAGUCCAGUACCCCACCCACUCCUCCCCUGUCAUGUCAAGAAUUCUCAACUUACUCCAAGUCGAUCUUUGAAAGGUGGUGGGGAUACAAAGUGUUGCAACGUAUUCCAGAUGAAGAUCAUGACGAGGUCAUGUUGAAAUCUGCAGCUUUUGAUUGUCUGGGAGGAAAGCGAAAGAACUGGGCACUUAAGACACGCUGGCAUGGAAACUACCUUGCUAAGCCCGAGGAGAACUCUCAAGCCGAACUGUUCACCAGAAAUGUUGUCAACAAAUUCUCAACCAAAGGCGAGGAGGUUCUGUUCUCUUCAUUCGCCAAGAAGGUUAACAUGAAGAGCAAGGUGGCUGACCGCAUUCUGGUGGUAACGACGACGUCGAUUAUUAAGCUGGACAACAAGCACAAAGUCAUGAAGACAAUUCCGCUUGACAAGGUGACGGGCGUGAGUCUGUCGCCUGGUGACGAUCAGCUGCUUGUGGUUCAUAUUCAACAUAACGACUUGGUCAUCUGUUUGUUCGGCGAGUCUAAAGCUAAUAGAGUCGCAGAACUCAUGGCUAAUCUCUACCUGCAAAUCUACCAGAAGUUUGGAAGGAUGAUAGAUGUCCGCGUGGAUUCGCGCGUGAAAUGCGAACUGGGUAAAAAGCCGUUCAACUUGACCGUGAAAAACGGACCGGCAAACAGCGACCUGACAUUCAAGAAGGUUGGAAAUAGCGACCUGACACUGUUAUGGCCGGAAUCCUCAUGAGGUAUCGCGGCCAAAAUACUUCUAUUAAAUGCGAGUUUGUCAGACUCUGGUUUUAGGGCUGAGGAACACCGUGGUAAUGGAGAUCUUAGAAUACUUGUUUUAAACGAGUUGAAACUUCCGUCAGUUUGUGUACUGGUGUAAGUAGUUUAACAUUAAACGUUGAUAUAUGUUCCUGUUACUGCAACAAUCUCUCGUUUGACAAUUAUUUUGAAGCUCUCUUAGCCGCAGCACUGAGCGUGACUGAUCAACUGAUAUACAGGUAACGUUCAGUGGCUACAGAAGCCGAAAAGACGUAGAGUAUUGCUGCAGAAACUUAGAAAAAUAACUGUGUACGUUACACACUGUGUUAUACCCAUCCGGCGCAAGGUACCCAGGCCUACAAUGGGUGCAAAUGUUGCUAACUCUGUACCGAACUUCAACGCAUUUAGUUUUAGGCCACCGCGCGACUGAUUAUCUUCGAUCUUUCUGAGUGGCAAAAUGUACGCAGUAAUUUUGGAAGGGACGUAAGGCUUAUGUCACAAAGGGCAACCGAACGGGUUUGUUAUAUUGGGGUAAGACUGUUUAAUAACGAUAAUCUGGCAGUUUAUUUAAGAAACUGUUGAUAAUCGUGACGUUGUAUAGAGUAGUCAUACUUUUGAUACAUUUGGAAUAUGUUUACUUUUUUGAAACGUUCAUAAAUGAUUGUAGUUUAUUAGUAGAAGUCUUCGUAAUUAAACUUUUGUCCCAGGUUAAGAAAGCCACUGCAGCCGUUAAAAUCUAUUUAAUAGAUUAAACAUCAAGUUCGUGCUGUGCACUUACGAGAAUAGAAAAAAUGACGUUUUAGCAGUUUUUCUGCCUUUCACUAAAAAAGUUCGUAAAUGGGAUUGGUUAGUGCAUAAAUUGCUGGACAAUCAAAACAUUUUGUCUGACCGGUGAAUGUUGGAAUUGCAUAUUUAUACUCAUUCAUUCGUUUUGCUAAUACAAAGAUAAACUCGAUAAGAAAAUGGAGGAAUUGUUUCUCGAGCGUCUUGUGCAGCUUUUAGAAAUUGCAUUUUUAAUAUGACAGUGUAAUUUUGUACUUUAAAGAGAUAUCUAUGAAGUUCAAGGAUAGUGAAUAAGGCUAAUGUUAAUAGUCAUUGCCGAUUUGAAAAAUAUAUUUGAGAUUAAACUCCCAUUAAACAAUGUUCCUAAAUGGAAAUAUUUCUUCUGGCAUCUUUUUGGUGAAAAUAAAUGUAAAUGGGUUUUUAUCAAAAGUAAGUGUUACUGAACACUUUCAUCCAUGUCUCGACUUUCGCAAAUGAAAUAUGAUAAACUGUGCUUAUUUCAGAACUAACUCUUGAGAGAAUUUUAAUAAAGCGAUCACUUCUUUUA